UGCCAUCAAUCCUGUUGCAGCACAGUGGGAACUCCAUGAGAUACAUAUUUAAAAUGAACUUUCUUGUCUGUCUGCAUCUGUUAUUCAUUCUGGUCACUAUCCCUUGCUUUCUCCUCAUCCCCAAUAUCUCUAAAUUGCAUAUAUAAAUAUAUGCACACGCAUAUAAAAUUAUACUACUUUAAAUCCUAUUAAACUCAAUCUGAAGAAAGACUUUUAUAUCUAUUAUUGAUGUAAACACAAGGUCCAUUAUUUGGUUUUUCUUUUUCUUUUUUUCCCCACAUCUGUGGAUGUGGAAGUUCCUGGGCCAGGGAUUGAAUCCAAAUUAGAGUUGUGACCUGUGGUGCAGCUGUGGCAGUGCCAGAUCCUUAACCCACUGUGCCACAAGGGAACUAUUUGGUUUUUCUUAGAUGAAAUGUCAAAUUUUUUGUUAUUGUGUAGAACAAAUUGAUAUAAAAUUGAUAUAUAUAAAUUUCAAUGAAUAGUUUAUUUAUUCAAAUAGUUGAAUGUAAAAUCCCAUGGCCAUGUCUUUGAACAUGAUAGAUUAUCUCCUUCAUCUUGCCUCUUUUUGAGAAGAUACUCUUUAAAAUUUGCUAAAUGUCUUGCCUUUACAGGAACCAUGUACUAACACAGGAUGGAACAGAGAAAUGGAAGUUCUUUCACUGGAUUUAUCCUGCUGGGUUUCUCUGACAGGCCUCAACUGGAGCAGGUCCUCUUUGUGGUUCUUUUGAUCUUCUAUGUCUUCACUUUGUUGGGAAACACAACUAUCAUUGCAUUGUCCCAUGCGGACCCACAUCUUCACACCCCUAUGUACUUUUUCCUCUCCAACCUAAGCUUUGUGGACCUGUGCUAUACUACCAGCAUUGUCCACCAGCUCCUGGUUAAUCUCAGAGGAUCAGACAAAUCCAUCUCCUUUGGUGGUUGUGUAGUUCAGCUCUACAUCUCUUUGGGGUUGGGAUGUACAGAAUGCAUUCUCCUAGGAGUUAUGGCACUUGACCGCUAUGCAGCUGUUUGCAAGCCCCUUCACUACACAGUAAUCAUGCACCCCUGUCUCUGUGCCCUGAUGGCUUCUGGUUCAUGGAUCAUUGGUUUUACCAACUCCAUAUUGCAGACAGUGCUCAUCUUCCUUUUACCACUUUGUGGGAGAAAUGAAUUAGACCACUUCUUUUGUGAGGUCCCUCCUUUGCUCAAGCUUGCCUGUGUUGACACCACUGUGAAUGAGUCUGAGAUCUUCUUUGUCAGUGUCAUCACUCUUUUUGUACCUGUUGCAUUAAUCAUGUUCUCCUACAGUCAGAUUGUGAGGGCCGUCUUAAGAAUAAAGUCUUCUGCAGGGCAGAGAAAAGCAUUUGGGACCUGUGGAUCCCACCUGACAGUGAUCUCCCUGUUCUAUGGCUCAGCCCUCUAUGCAUAUCUUCAUCCCAGCAGCAAUGACUAGGAUCAGGGCAAGUUCAUAUCUCUCUUCUACACCAUCAUUACCCAUGUCAACCCCCUCAUAUAUACGCUGCGUAACAAGGAAGUGAAGGGAGCAAUGAGGAGGGUGCUUUGGAAGGACUCUGCCUCCAGAUGAUGGGGUGAGGAAGAUAGUUUAAUGGAAGGACCUUGAUUGUCAAAACUCUAGAUGUUUGUGUCCCCCAUGUAUCAUCUAAAAUUUCUCUGGAAACUCUCAAGGGAAUUUCUUUACUUCAUUCCUUUUUAAAAGUGAAUGUUCAAAAUCUAAGUUUAUUGAUUCAUCCCAACAUUCAGUGUUCCUACAGCAUCUGCUUUAUACUUAUUAUUUUAAAAAGUUUUAUAUUACUUAUUUUUCUUAUUUGCAUUCCCAUCUGGGAACAUGGUUCCAUUUCUUCUUGCAAAAUGACAUAUGAGUACGUAACAUGAAAGCACAGCCAAAAUAAAAAUAUGAAGUCACUAAAACAGUGUAAGGAAUACCAACAUUUUAUCAUUUUCUAACAAUUGCUAGAAGGAUACCGUUAUUCUUACAUUUUCAUCAUGGUUCUAUUAAAAAUUCCAUGGUUUGACUGUAUCAAGUCCUUUUUUAAAAACAGAAGUAGUGGAGAAACUGUGGGAAAAACAAACUCUAAUAUUAGUGAAAAAUUUACUACAUUAAUCUUGAUAAAACCUUUCAGAUAGUUGACCCAACUUUGACCCCUCCAGAGUGGCAAUCGUUUUAUGUAGCAUCAUUUCAAAGAAGGCUGUACAAAGGAAUCACUGAGUGAAGGGUAUGAUGCACUGCUGUCAAUGACAAUGGUAGUCCAUAGCAUGAGGAGUGCUUAUACAAAUUUUGUACAUAGAAGGAGAAAUACUGAUGUGAGAUAUGGAAGUUGGUUAUUUUAAGUUUGUGAGCAACUUAGUUCCUUUUAAAAAUGACUUUUGUGGACAUUAUAUCUGAAUAGCAUAUGACCCAAGCUCUAGUUCAUAUUCUAUACAUUUUACCUACUGUAAUGCAGCAAAAGUUUCAGUAAUAUAUGUUUAGGUUAACAUCUUCAUACCAUUUUAUAAACUCUUUGAUUCAGGUGUCAAUUGGUCAGGACCUUGAAUCUUUCAUCUGGCAAAGGCUCCAUGAAAUUUGAAUUCAGUGAAAUAUGAAAUAUUGAAAAUGGCCCCUGAGUCCCAGGAAAUCCCUUGUUUUGUGGAAACUUACUGAGAUUCACCAGAAGGAAAUUUAAAGAAUAAAUAAAGUGACUAUUAAUUAAAAAUAUAUGCCUAAGCUUUACUAACAGUUAUCUAAUUAUGAAGAAACUGUCAUAGAGUUCUGAAUUAUAAGUAACAAUAUAAACAUUUCAGAAAUACUUAAUCUGUCCUUUUAGCCCUUAGAGCCAUGCCCAGGCUCAUUUUGCUGUAUAAAUUUGUUUUAAGUUAUGGAUCCUGGUUUCUGUGUAUGUUUAAUUUCAUGAGCAGUGUAACUUCUAACAGAGGUUAGAACUUUGACAGUGCCGACAUCAGAGAAAUGGUCAUGAUCUUUGGUAGAUUUUUCCAACAUGUACUACAAAGCAAGUAAAUGCAUUUGGGUCUCUUAGUAGAAAUGUAAGCAUAACAAUUAUCACACCGUUCCCUAUCCUUGCAGUUAACUAACAUCCUCCUUUGUCUUGUUCCCCCUCAUCUGAUUUGCUCAUGGAAAAUCUUCCAAGCUGGAAAUGACAGCAUAGGUAAAUUAUAUAUAUGAUGAAUAUUCUAUUUAUAUGCCUAGGUGUCUAACAGCAUCACACUAUUCACACUUGAAAUCAACACUUGCAAAACCAUGUAUUUUGACGCUAUAGUAAUGCCAGGUUAAAAGCAGUUUGGAAGGCUGUUUAGCCCCAAUGGUGACAAAUUCCCACUCUCCCUUAUUAUUCAAUCAUAUCUUUUUAAUAAAUAUUUUUUAUUAUAGUUGAUUUACAAUGUUCUGUCAAUUUCUUCUGUACAUCAAAGUGACCCAGUCAUACAUAUAUAUACAUUCUU